AUGAAGUCUACUGUCGAAAAAAUCCGGAAGUACCAAUUAGAAAUCCUUAAUCCCUGGGUUGAGGAUGUCCACAAUGCACUUCGAGGGCUAGGGUGUUUAGGGGAUGAGCCCCCAGCCUCUGUAACCGACGGCGAGUUUGACAUUAAUAUCAUUGAUCGCCCGUGA